AUGUUCGAGCCCUGCGAUCUAUAUUCGUUCCGCUCACUGACACUCUCUAGCCACGCCAGGUCAUCUACACAGACUGCGAUGUGGAUGCCAUGGGAUCCGUUAUCGAAUAUCUCUACACGGGCGAGUACUUCCCAAAGAGGACUUCAGCUGCACGCGAUGCGCCUCUCGAAAAGGACCCUCGUCAACCUUUGGCUGACAACGAGGGUCUCGGCCUCCUCGUUCACGCGCGCAUAUAUACCCUUGCCGACCGUCUGCAGCUUCCCGAGCUCAGAUCCCUCGCACACUCCAAGAUUCACCGCACAGCCUCAACGGCAAAGGGAGAGCUCGCGUAUGCGCGUUACGUCUACAAGGAGUCCAACCCAGAGGAUGCGACAAUCCGCAAACCCGUCGCUGCUUUCUGGGCGACGCGCAGUUUCAGCCUGCGUCACGACGCAGAGCCGGAGUUCAAGGCCAUGUGUCUCGAAUUUCCACAAUUCUCGUAUGACGUACUGCAGUUAGUACUGGAUCAGCAAGAGAAGAAACGUACUGCAGAUGACACGCCCACUCGCAGUGGACCAAGUGUGGUCCCUGGAAGUACUCGGAAGAGGGCUAGAGUGAGUCAGGUAUAGAUGCGACAGCAGGCUAUAUAUGCUGCUUGAUUUUGCACUGACAAACUUCACUUUUGUGCAAACGCGUAUACUAUUCAAGUUGAGAAAUGUGUCUAAUAUCGUCUACAGCUCAGCUCGAAAGUUGAAGUCCACGUCGCACGUGGCUCAAGCGAGAAAUUGCUCUCGGCCGCAUGAACGGCAUGUGCUCUUUCCUGCCAUACUUUCUCCCAAACGACCGUAUUUCGCGGGUACCUCCUUUGGCAUUCAAGGACGGGACAAUAGUUUCAUACGAAUGGGUCGAGGAGCGGCGCUCGUGAGUAGUGUAGGUUCUCUGUAGGGCUGGAUCGGGUUUAUUUUUCGCCAGAUGUACAUCAUGUAUAACUAAUAAUCGCCACAGGAUUUGCUUUGAUAUAGUGUAGUGGGAGCAAAAUCUAGGGGAUAUCAAGUCAUAUUGGAUCACCAUGCGACUGUUGGUGCAGUAAUAAGGAAUACGGCUUGUUCAUGCGAGACUAUUCGUAGUGUGGGGACGUGACCAGCAAGGCGCGGUACACCAUAUUCCGUAUCGGGAUGAUGGAUCGUGCUCACGGUUCUCUCACUUGGCAAUGUGCAAGAAAAAACCAUGACUGGCUUGAUCUGAAGUUGAGGGAAUAAGCGAUCGGAGUGUUUGCCAGAUCAAGCGUGUGCAGUUGCGAUUAC